CAACCCUUCGAUAAUAAGGAAAUCACUCAUCAGCCACCAUCGCCCUCACCAUCAUUACCACCUAGGGCAGCCAGAACCUACCUUGCGGGACACCAAGCACCCCUUUCCUGCCUCAACCAUUCUCAAAAGAUUCGUUCUGUCACACGGGUUGCUUGGACUGGAGAGAAGCGUCACAGUCAUCAUGCCAACAGACUUGUACGCUGCACGGUUGGCAGAACGAGGACACCAUGUUCUGUACAAUGGGCUGUGUGUAUGCUGCUCAGUCCUACCUCCGUCAAGUUGAAGAGGUGAUUAAGAAGCCCCCAGCCCCUCUGCUCGUCGGCGGGAGUGUGAGCGGGUCGAGCGUGGGGCUGCGGUGGAGUACGGCCCCGGAAGUGGAGGAUAUAAGGUACCUGGUCCAGUAUCACCAGAACAUUGUACCAGGCGAGUGGGUCUACUACAGGCCUAGUAACCCACUCAACACCACCGAGAUUAUCGUCGAGGACCUUAAGCCUUACACUAAGUACGAGUUCCGUAUUGCCUGGUUGGUUCUGCCCCACCACGCCCCUAUCAUGUCCGAGACCAGCUCCUGGAUCAGUACUCUGGCGUCUGGCCCACCGAGAUCUGCUCCGAUGGAGUUAAAAGCCGUGCCCCUGGACUGGUCACGUGUGGAAGUCACCUGGGAACCUCCACUAUUCCCUGGUGGUGACCUGAUCUCCUACACUCUGUACUUCAAAGACACUCAGGGAGGACAGAAGAUGAGAGACAAUAUAGAUGCUAGCAGUGAAAGGAGGUACAUUCUGUCAGAGUUAUCAGCCAACACCACAUACCUCCUCAACCUAACAUCAACCAACCACAGAGGAGAGGGCCCAGCUAUUGUUGUCAAAGUUACUACAUAUCCUAACUCUCCAGCUGUUGAUGACGGUCAGGGUUAUUUGCUCCUAACAUCCGGCUCCAAUCUGUUAAAACUAGGGCUGGACAUCAUGGAUACACCACAACACUUCUACAACAUCUCAGAACAACAUAACAUCACAGGUAUGGCUGUACAUUAUCUCUUUGGCCUAAUAUACUUAAGCGACACAAAUGGUUUGAUUUUCCAACUGCACCCGUCGACCCAAAAGAGGCGAAUCCUCUUGAUGCAGAACCACACUCACGGUUUCCCAUUAAGCCUCUCCGUCGACUGGCUGUACGGUUACCUCUACUACAUCGUCCAUCUCGAGUCGCCCACGGAUCAGAUGUGGCAACUGUGGCGCUGUAACCUGAUGGGGAAGAACCCUGUCCUCAUACACGGGCAACUACACUAUGAAGCCAAGCACCUCCAGGUCGACCCCUACAAUGGGUACGUGUGGUGGAUAUCAGAGGACGUAAAUAAAGGCUUACACCGUCUUGACUUGAACGUAGAGUCUGAGCAGCAGUCGGAACCCAAGGUUGUCCUUCAGGCGUCUGAUCUAGGAGGCCUCGUCUUGGAUCCGCCCAAUUUUCAAGUUCUUGUUGCAGACCGUAAGAAAAAUACGAUGUUGGCGGUCUCCUUGGACGGGACCUCGGUGACCAACUUGAGAGCCAAUACCCAGCAGGCGUACUUUAAACAACUUCGCUCGGUGGUGCACCUCAACAACCGCUUCUUCUGGACUGACGGUAAUGAGGUGUUCACAGAGGAGCUGAACGGAGGAACAUUUUAUCAUAACAGUUAUCUUGUCGUGAGUGUUGGGAUGCUGGUGGCCGUUCAUGCCUCAACACAGCCAGUUCCCGUCCCACUCAACCCACCCAGAGACCUGCAGGCAGUGUUCACCCGUAGGUCUGCCUCUCUCAGGUGGAACGCUCCGGCUCUCCCCGCACUCAUGGGCUCUGGUGCUUGGCAGAAGUGGAUGUACGAGAUGCACAUCCAGGAGGGCCAGCACAUCAUGUACCGUCAGAACAUCACAGACACUUCCUACCAGGCUACUAACCUCAGGCCUGGCACAUUCUACAUGGUCAAGGUGAGAGCAUACUCCAGGGGUGGUAAUGGCCCAUGGAGUCACGAGUUCCGCGGUCGCACCCUCGAUGACACGUCUUUGGCUCCACAGCUCAUUUGGGCCACUGAUAAGAAGAUCCUUCUCACCAAUCUCGCUGGGAAUGAAAGCUCAGUUCUAAUUUCACAGGAAACUCUGGUGACGAAAUUAAAAGAUGGAAAAAUUGCAGAUCUUGCAUUUUUUCGUGAUGCUCUUGUAAUGGCAGUGAGUAACCAGAGUGUAUUUGUCAUGAACAGAACAACAUCAACGUUUACUAAGCUGCCAAACACACACGGGGUUCUCUCCGUGUCGGUGGACUGGCUCACUGAGAGGCUGUUUUGGGCCAAUCCUCACAGACAGAUGAUUGGUUGGACAAGUCUGAAUGGAUCAUCUCAGGGUCCUUUAAACGUAGUGACGGCUGCCAGGGAGGUGCGGGUGGAUGCUCUUCGAGGCAGACUCUUCUGGACGACACCUCACGCUCUGCUCAUGUCGACCCUGGCUGGCCGCAACGUUACAACCAUCCAUCAAGAAGGGAUCUUUAGUGGAAAGCAAGUGUAUGGCCUGACAGUAGACUCAGAAGGUUCUCGCAUCUGGUGGAUUGUGCGCGAUGCUGACGGCUGCCGUUUAUUUGGUGCGCUGUUGGGAGAGGAGCUGAGCAAGUUUCCCUCCAAACUUCUCCCUCACACUGUUGAAGUUGGGCCAAUGUGGUACCUGAGUGAGCGGCUGCUGUGGCUGGGUGAGGACGGGGAUGUUGUCGUCUCGGACACUAACCUCAACAACUCUGCUGCACUUCACACCUCCAACCUGGGAGUGUCUCACUUUAUUGUGGUACUACCAAGCCUUCAGCCAGUGCCAUGUAAUAAAUUCACAUACGGUGGUGUUACGAUGCCAGUUGUUAUUCCUGGUCAGGUAGAUGCUGACUCUGUCACAGUCAAGGGCACUUGGGAAGAAUUUUCUCUUGAGUGGAGAGCGAUCACUAAUGUUAACUAUGGCAGCCUUAUGUAUGAGGUCAUCAUUGAUAAUGGCAUCAGCAAGAAAGCUUUCCUCACAGGUAACAAUAGUGUUUCUUAUAAAGAAACAUUACCUCCGUACUCACCCCUCAAGGUGUCAGUCAGAGGCAUUACAGACUGGAGUGCCGGUGCCAGACUCCUCAAGACCCUGAGAACACCGGCAUCACUACCUGAGGCACCUCAAGACUUGAGGACAUUUGUGCAGAAGGUUCAGGAUUCAGAUGCAAAGAUCCACCUGCGUUGGUCUCCUCCUAAGAAGCCUAAUGGUGAGAUUACCACUUAUGAAGUAAUUUACUGCACCACACAAGAUGAAGAGGAAUGUAAAAAUGUGAUGGUGAAUGGUAAGCUGAACCAACUUAUGGUUGAAGAUCUAGUUUCAGAAGAAGAUUAUAAAUUUAAGGUUGCAGCGAUCAAUGAGAUGGGUAAAGGCCCUUACAGUUCUGAGGUGACAGAAUCCAUUCAACAACAUAUACCAAUUCCAUCACUUCUUGUGUUGAAUGACAAGUCCCUUGUUAAGCUGGAUGCUGACCUUCAUGAGGCAGUAGAAGUACUGACUGAAAACUCCAGAGUACAGUGGGCCACACCUCUACUGAAGAAUUUCUCCUUUGUUUGGAUGGACAUGAAUUCAGACAUAUAUUUAACAGACAUGAAGACCAAUAAGACUGAGAGGCUGUUGCGGCUUGACGGUCAAGGUGUUGGCCUGGCUGUAGAUUGGAUUGGCGAGGUUAUUGUGUGGGCAGAGAAACAACCAGGAGGAUCGGGUAAAAUCAAGGCAUCGAGUAUCGAGCAGAAAGGUGAAAAGUUGCUUGCAAAUUUCAACUUGACCGGACAUAUCAGGAAAUUCUUGCUCUCUCCAAUGACCAGUCAAGUGUUUGUGCUUCAUGAGGGCCACAGAGGUCUACAGCUGUUGGUCAAAAGUCUAUCUACUAACAUUCUCCAAAAUGUCUUUAAUGAAGAGAGGAGUUCUGAAUGUAACUGCAUGAAGACUCCUGUUCUGGGCGGCGGCAUUGCCCUCGACACCACAAACACGUCGGACAUCUCCCUAUACUUCGAGGCGUCGGAAACAUCCCCCGAGGGCCUGAAAACCACGACCGUCUACAAGGCCGAUCUCUACGGGUGUUACUGUGAGGCUGUAUUCGUGCCUAGAGAACAUGGCUAUGGUCCGUGUACAGAGAUAGCCGUUGACUACGCACAUCUGUACUGUUUUACACGAAGCAACCAGACCCUCCUGUGGCUGCCCAAAAGUGGCUUGUUGGUGUCAGAGGACUUACACUCUCUGCCGCUCCACAAUGCCACAUCUCUCAUACCCAUCGAUCUAGCCACACAACCUAUGCCAGAUUCUGAGUGUCUCGUAGCUUCCAAUUAUACAGAAGCACCCAAGUUGGAAGGCAGUAGUGAAACUACCAUCGCCAUCAGCCUGACGGCACCAGAAGUCAAGCCAAAUAAUUGUAGAUCAGUAACAUUGCCUCCUCUUACUUACAUACUGUAUUAUGCCAAGGAGACACACACUAAGUCCCCAUCCUGCUCUGAUGAUGUGCUCAGCUGUAGGCACAUACUGCGGAGUAUGGAGAACAUCAUAAAAGUGGUCGGACUGCAACCAUACACAAGGUAUGUGUUUAGAAGUGCCAUAGAGACGGUAUACAACAAAAGGUUGGGCAUCACAUCAGUAGCAGGUCCAGUUGCCAAAUAUAAUACAAAAGACAAAGCGCCCGAGAGUGUGGACAAUGUAACAGCUAAGGCUUUAUCACCAGAAGAAAUUCAAGUUUGUUUUGAAGUUAUUAAAGGAUACAUGUAUGAGGUUCACUGGCAAGGGGGUGACUCCAGCGCCGAGCCCAUCCGUCCCUAUGUCAACGCCACCCACCGCAUAGACACUACCAUCACCAAACUCCAACCUAACACUAAAUAUGAGGUAUGGGUGACAGUCUAUAAUAGGGAUCGUCUUUUAUACAUAAGUAGUUCUCGGGUAGCUGUCAUCACCCUUCCCGAGCUGCCAUACAUCAAGCUAGAAAAUUCUACUGCACGGACGAUUUCCGUAAGUUGGAAGGCGCCCUCAGACAGAUCAGUUCUGCAUCAUGGUUUUCAGUAUAUAGCCUUCGGUAACAUUCACUGGGAGAACUUGACGAUGGAGCAAACUGCCGCCGGACAGACAUACAUCGUCAACAUCAUUGACCUGGAGCCAGCCACCAACUACCUGCUGAGACUACAAGUUACCUACAACAACACCUUCCAUAAAUAUACCUGGCCAAAUAAGCCCCUCUUUAGAUUUUCCACCCUGGGUGAGAUCCCAGGUAAACCAGGACCAGUGAUGAGGCAGAACCUUGGUGGGUCGUCUCCCAGCAGAGGACUCAAGGUGUGGUGGGACGAGGCUGAAUCAAACGGUGCCCCUAUUAUUGCCUAUACCCUCCAGGCCGCACCAUACAUCUCGGAGGACCUCAAGGAUAACGUUACCUUCGCUACUGUGUAUAAUGGAUCAGAAAAUCAGUGGCUCAUUAGAGGAUUAGAAGGAUCUUCCAGCUACAUCUUCCGUGCCCGAGCCAUCAACGAGCUCGGUACAGGUCCCUGGGGCGAAGAAAACAUAAUUGAAACACUGGUAGGACCAACAAUGAUGACACAGACAGGUCUUCCUACAAUUCUGGCAUCAACUAUCCCCACGUCGCUGGCUUUCUUUGGCGUUCUUUUUGUAUGUCUGUAUUAUGGUAUGAGACGAGCUGAAAGGAGGAGGAGGAAAGUAAAGGCUGCCUCCCUUAAUGACUCCGCACAUCACCAUCACCACAGGUCCCGUGAAGUAGAACUGGCAACUCUCCGACAGUUGCCAACAAAUAAUAACUUUGUAACUGAAAACAACGUGCUUUACAACCUUCACACUUUCCCAGGGGACGACCUGGACCUUCCUCACGUAUCACGGCAUUGUAUCACUCUCACCAAGUUCCUGGGCAGUGGAGCCUUUGGUGAAGUGUUUGAGGGGACGGCUUGUGAGCUGCCUGGCCUACCUGAGGUCACUAAGGUGGCAAUUAAGACCCUGCGUAAGGGAGCAACAGAGGCAGAGAAAGCAGAGUUCCUGAAGGAAGCUCAAUUAAUGAGUCACUUCCAGCAUGAACACAUCCUGCGCCUCCUGGCCGUGUGUACAGAUCACGAUCCUUUCUUCCUUAUCCUGGAGUUGAUGGAAGGUGGUGACCUUCUCUCCUAUCUUCGUAAAAGUCGAGGGGCUGAGUGUGGUCUGACGUUAGCUGACUUUGUGGCCAUGUGUUUAGACGUAGCUAAGGGAUGCGUUUAUCUGGAGGAAAUGCACUACGUUCACCGUGAUUUGGCUGCUCGGAACUGCCUCGUGUCUACAACUGACCCAGCAUCACGCAUUGUGAAGAUUGGAGAUUUUGGGCUUGCUCGAGAUAUAUACAAAAAUGAUUACUACAGGAAAGAGGGUGAGGGGCUGUUACCAGUGCGGUGGAUGUCUCCAGAAUCUCUGGUUGAUGGAGUAUUUACGAGCCACUCUGAUGUUUGGGCGUUUGGAGUAUUGCUGUGGGAGAUCCUCACCCUCGGCCAGGAGCCUUACCCUGCACGUAGCAACCUCGAGGUGCUUCACUACGUCAGGAGUGGCGGCCGCCUUACUCGUCCAACUAAUUGCCCAGAGGAACUUCACAAGUUGAUGGAGCGUUGCUGGAGCUACAGCCCAGAGAACAGACCAACAUUUAAGGAGUGUCUCAAUGCACUAUUGAUGCUGGAGGAGACUAUAUCAGCCCUACCAGCACUGGCAGUUCACAAUGUUCACUACAUUGGUUCAAAUGAUGACUAUGGUCUUGUUAACCUGGCCUAUGCUGCAGAGCACGACGAGAACCACAACAAUAACUCAGGAAAUUCAUUAGUCAGUGGUAAUGAUUGUUCACCAACUAACUCGUGGUCAGCCCAAACAAGUGGUAGUGUUGUAAACCUUGGGGGGAGAAGUGGCAGCCAGGAAGAAGAUGGAGACAACGGAGUUGAAGUGGAGGAGUGCGACUCAUUCUCUGGAGCGAGUACACUGCCUCUGACGGCUCCUCUAAGGCGCCACCAACAAUACCUCCAGCUAGUCAAUGAACCCUCACCGUUAUCGCCACCAGUGUCCCCAAGAUCACCUCCAGCCAGUCUGCCACUAGGGGGCGAGGCUUCAUCAGAUUGGCCAAGGUUUUCUUCACAUAAUUCAACAUCAGAUAUUCCUCAAUCUCCGACAAACCUCAUAACAACAGCUCAGGUCUCCAUCCCAUCCACCCCACUCAGUCCAAGUCUCGCAUCUCCCACCCCAGACUCGCCUACAAGUGUCACCUUCACCUUUCCACUUCCCACUAUUCCAAGUAUAAUGUCCCCACAACACUACCUCAAACCAUCAAGCAAUAGGGUGUUCCCAGGACCAUCUCCACAGCCAGGUUCCUAUGAUAGUGAGGACCAAGACAAUGAAACAAACUCCAACUGCAAUCCAGUGUUGGAUAACUCGUAUGUGAACAUGUCGGCCGGAGUUGAAUUUAAACAAGAAAGUGAUACCUCAAGUCCCAGAGAUUUUGAAAAGAUUAAUGGAGUGAAUUUAAGACAUAAGAGAGACUGUGAUAUAAUAAAUGAACUGGAAAAUCACCGUCUGAGUGGCGUAUCAGCACUUUCUGCCGUGAGUGGGAUGACGUCGGCGUCUACCGUUGACCUUGAUCACAACCCCAGUCAGUCAUGGUGCUGAAGAGAAUGGACAUGCCUAUGCUGUGUGAGAAUAUUAUGCAUUCAUGAUGGGGAUAAUUGGACACAACUGAUACUGAUGAAGGAAUUUCUGUUCUAAAUCUGGUGUUCAGAAUGAAUUUCUUCAACAAACUUUGUAAAAGAAGUGCCUUGUAUAUAUUACUAUAAUUGAGUAUAUCUCAGUUUUUGUGAGAAAAUUUUUAUUUUAAAAAUACAGAGUGACUGCUGUGUAUACCAAAGUGUACACAUAAGCUGAAAAUUUUUGCUUCAAAGAGUAAUCAAGAAAUACAUUAAUUAAUUUUUAUAUUUUCAAUUUAAAUUGUUGGAAGGUUUUUGAUACAUUGUUCUUUUAGUUAUAAUGUGUAUUGUUUUAGGAAACAAAAAAAAACAUCCAGAAGUGUGUGUGGUAACUUGUCAUUAUACUGUACAGUACAGUACUCACUUGGUUAUCUGUGACUGAGGGUCACGUGUGAUCACCAAUAAUAACCUUAUUUAAUGGUUAACUAAGUGUACCCUGCCUGUGACUGAGGGGUUCAGUCACUGAUGCCUCUCACUAUUGACUGGCCUCCCACUUUGUGUGCCAAGAAACACAAUAUUAUUUUAAUACUAAAGACCAGAACAUACACAAACAGUGUCUGUGCUCACCACAAAUCAAUGUGAAGAUUAACUUCUAGAAGACUAUAAUCCCUGCUUGUGGUGGUGAGAGGGGAGGAGGAGCUAUGAGGGUCAACACUGCCACACCUCAGUCAUCACCUGUCAUGAUCACAGGUAAGUGUAUGGUGGUAACAGUACAUUAUGGUCAGCCUGACUCCAGGUUGAGUGAACCAUUGAUAAUAGUGUGAGAACUGUACAUAAUUUGACCCAAAUAUUUUGAUUAUAUAUAUUUUUUUUCAUUAAUUUGUAUUUUACAAAUUUGAGCAUUUGUAGGAGAAAUGUGGUUAAUUUUAAAGCAAGUUGAACUGUCAUGUUCAUAUGCAAAAAGAAAAUCUUCAUUGAAGGUUAACAUUUGUGCCAAGAUUUGAUUACUGUGUAUAAAUGAGGUAUGGAGUGUCACAAACUGUGCUGAUAUUUGUCUUAUGUCUUGGUGCAACACUGACUGUUGUCUCAGCUAGUACACUGACACUAGACAUGGUGAUUGUUUAACUACUUAUUAAAAAUUGUACAUAUUUGUUUGUACAGCUUUACUUAAGGAAAUUGUUGCCAAUUCAUUACUGUAUUUUAAGUUGUAUUUUCCUGUAAUAUUUUAUUCAAAGAUAAUUUCUUUUAUGUAUAGAUUUAUGAUGUCUUACAUUCUUUCCUCUAUGGCAUUUAAUUUUAUAACUUAACAAUCACCAAAACAAAGUUAAAUGGAACCAACCAUGUGUAGUUAUUGUGUUAUGUGACUGAGAUUAUUGCAUGAAAAUUCCAAAUAAUUGUGUUUUAUGUUAAUUAUUCUUCCCACCCGAAUGAAAAUGUAAUUUAAUUUAGUGGUGCAUUAGAAUGGUGUACAGGUGCUGCCAAAAUUCCUUAAACACACAACAACAUCUGGCAUCCCCUCGUGUAUCAAGCUUACAAUUGGUAAAAACUGCCGCUAUCUGUAAAUUAAUUAGAAAAAAAAUAAUCUAAUAGAAAGUAAAAUGUGAGGUGAUAUCCCAGUCCCCAUUACCUACAGCUCCUAUAGUACAGUACAUGCCAGAUACAGCCACGCGUGUUUUAAGGAAUUUUCUUAGCUAAAGUUAAUGUCAAGAGAAUAUAAGUCAAAUCCCUUCUUGUAUAUAAUUGUAUACAGUAUUGCUUGUUUAAUUUGAGAGGAAAUUGCACUAAGUCGUAAUAAAGUGAAGAGUCCAGAGGAAAAAUGAUUAUAGUCACCUGAAUGGAGUCUUGUUGUUCAGUCAAAGAUGGAUGCUGAUUAUUUUUUGUGUCUUCAUGUUGUCAGAAGUAAUGUAACUGAAGAUUUUAAUUAGUUUUCCUCAAGAUUUUAUAGGGAAUACCUCAUAUAUUUUACUACAGAAUACAGAAUAAGCAUAGUUAGUUUUUCCAAUGAAGCUUUGAUCAUUUUUUUCAGUGGACUCUUUUUAUCAAAUAUUGGUAAUGCAUACAGCUACCCAGUGCCUGUUUAGUCACAAAGUCGUAAAGUCAUCCUGUGAUAUGAAUGACGUGGUGUUCCUUCUGUAGAUCUAACUGUACAAGAGUAUUUUGUAGUUAUUUCCCCACAUGAAGUACAGUAUUGUAAAUUAUCCCACGUAGACAGAUUAGAGAGUUCUGUCACAAAGGUUUUGAUGCCCACUGCCACCCUUUUUACUCUAGUGCAAAGGAAGUAAGGGUACAGACAACCUACGAGCUCUGAUAUGUAGUAGACCUUUGUACUUCUGUAAGUGAGGACUACACAAACACUUAAUUAUAAAAUAUCCUGGGAAACCAAAGUAUUCCAGGGAUCUACAGCUGUUUCUUGUUGCCUCCGAUGAGAUAAAAUUUUACCUACUCUUGAAUAAAUUGAUUUUACGAUUUGUUUAAAUAUACAUUACAAGUAUAUUUGUUAGCGAAGUAAAUUAUUGUUAGGUCAAUACACAAUUAGGAUCUUACCUUAUACCGUGUUUCUGAAGUCUUCACCUAUGGCUGUACUGAACUGACUCUACUGUAGUAUAUAUUUGUGCUUGUUAGCUCUGUAGCCUCACUCCCCCAGCCUGCUAGAGUGAAGAGGCUAUAACUGAGCACCAACAGUAUUAUAGUAAAAGGUUCUAUUAAUGUGGGUGUUAUAUUUUGUGCUUGAUAUUAACACAACUGUGAAUCCUUCAAAGCAUGAUGGUAGAGUGACGAGUUGUCCCCAGAUACAGUACAAGCAAAGUGUCUAAAUAGAGUUAGAAACAUCUUAUUUCAAUAGAAGAUUGUAUGAAAAUAUUUUGUUAAGGGAUAUACAGUACUCCAGUAUUGUUUCUUUAUGACAACAAAAAAUAUAAUAUUAUCUGUUGUAAGUUGUGUUUGAAGACAGGAAAUAUUUUUGCAUUGUUACAAUUUUUGUUUAGUAAUGUAAGGUCAUAAAACAUUUCACAUAAAGUGUAUAUUAAAUCUCGAGUAAUUUGCUGCCUCAACAAAUAUUACUUUUGGUAAUAUGUCAGGUGUCUGCAGGCAUGAAAACAUUUAAAAUAACAAAGAAUUAAAAUUUCACACACACUUGCUCAAUAGAGAUGGAUAUUGUGUAGAUUUAUAUAAUUUUUUCUUUGAUUAUAACAGUAAGAAGUGAGGUUUAUGGUGGUGCCUUUGAGAGUGUUGGCAGUUUUUGUUGUUCUUGUUUAAGUCUCCAGUGUUGAUCUCUUCACUUGUUUAAACUGUUUAUUUCUUGUUUGUGGAUAGAAGUCCUGUGAGUCUAUAUUUUCUUUGACAUUUCUUAAAGUUCAAUAAUUUCAAGCUUUAAUAAAAGUGCUCUUGACCAAAGUGCUUACAGAUUAUGUUCUUAACUGUGGAUAUUUCUGUGCUUAAUAAUGCACGUACAUGUAUAUAACUGAAACAAAGUCAUUUAUUGUAAAUAAAAAUAUGUGCAUUA